AUUUGUCAAGAUCGAGUCGCAAAUCGAAAAUUUUAAAAGUGUCGUAAAGUUCUAGAUACAUUGUUACUUUGGAAAAGCGUCCUUCCAAACAAUACUUUUUGUAAAAUCUACUUAUCGUCGCGAAGUCGCGUUUCGGCUAUUGCGUGAGAAACGUUUUGUGUAGAGUGCAAUCGGAAAGUUGUAAACAUUCGGGCAGGAUGCGUAUAACGCGAUAUUCGCGUUCAAGCGGCAGAGGGGAGUUUCAUCAGCGUAUGUUUGGAUACCCCUACCAGCGUGGGCGACGCGGUGGCCACAGUUUCCCACAGUUCCGAGAAUAUCCAAACCCAAGUCAACCCCCCGCUUACAAUGCCAAUUCUUACUAUGGACACGAACGACGAAGCCGCGCCGUUUCGCCGGACGACAGAUUGUUAUUGACGCAGCGCGAAGAUAUGCUGCCGUUGUCGGUGGAUCGGGAGUCACGGGAACGAUACCGCCGAGAACGAUCCCGAUCCCAGCGGUCGUUCAGCCGAGACCGCAGUUUAUCAUCCGUACUGAGCGAAAUAAGCUCCGGAAGCAGUUGUUUUGGUACGGUUCGAGCGAGUGAAGCUUACGGUAGCCCUGUUUACGAAGAUCUGACGGACGAUGAUAUCCACUCAAUGGAACAGGAGCUCUCGGAUGGGUCGUCGAUGGACCUUUCGAUUGCCCCUCCGCCGGUGCUGAAGCAUAAGAAGCGUAAGAAAGACAAACGAAAAAAAGAAAAGGCCAAGGAACGGGAACGUAAGCGGGCGAAAAGGGAACGGCGCCGUCAGAAGGAGAUCCUCGAGGAACGCAUCUGUCCACCGGACCGUGAAGUGGCACAGUCGAAAGAAAUAUUUGCCUCCGGACAGAACAUUCUGGUCAGCGUUAGUUUUAUCGAUAAUGACAAUGGCAAGGAGCGCAGCGACAGGCACAAAAAAAGCAAACGGAAGAAGACAAAGCGUGAGAAGCACCGGGAGAAGCUUACCGUCGUCACCAAAGAGGAACUUUCGCUCGAAGAAACAAAACGAAGUCCCCGAAAGGGUACUACGAGCCCGAGUCAUGACCAUGAUACGGCGACCGCGGAUCAAAAGUGCGAUAUUCGCAAGCCAACACCAACGCAACAGGAUCAGGAGCAGGGACCGAAUGCGGCCCAACAACAGCCUCAGCCAUCAACCCAUCAAUCCCCUCAAAGCCAACCGCAUCCCAAGAAAAAGAAGCUUGAUCCUGGGGUCAAACCUGUGAUGGUGAUUGAUCUUGAGCGAUCGCCUUCCGGACAGGUAAUAUCCAGCCCGAAGGAGGUGAUCGUUCUGAGCGAUGAGGAAGGUAAAAAGGCGCAGCGUGCUGGCAAGGAGGAGCCACAGGCUACCGAGACAGAUUUGAACAAUCGUGGGCCGAACACUCCACCUGAGCCGGCGCCCAAGUCACCCGACUCUUACGAUCCGUUCGAGCCCACAAAAUCGUCCCCCAGCACGGGAAUUUCGAGGCAUGAUAUAGGCAGCAUAUCGUCACUCAGCUUAUCAAAGGAGGCCAAAAAUGAAUUUCUCCACCACCCUCACGGUCACCAUCAUCACCAUCAUGGCCACCACCAUCACCAUCACGGUCACGGCGUACCACUUGGUCCAUCUGAUCAUGCCAGUGAAUCCGCCGGCUUUGCGAACGAUGACAGCAUCCUCGAUCUGCACCCGGAGUCUCCGUUCGACAAGCUGGACGUCCUCGCCAGUCCAUCGAGGAUGACAACACACCCAACGUUGCAAUAUUACCGCCACCACCACCAGUCGCCGAUGAAAGCGAUCAUCAAAUCGAUGCCUAAAAAACUGCUCCAGUCUAGCGCCACCCGUGAAUCGCGGUCACAUUCCGGGGCAGCUAAAAAUAACACCGGCACGUUGGGAGGAGGAGGUACGACCAGUGGUGGAGCGACGGCAAGCGGUGGCGCUCCGUUCGAGGACGAACUGAACGAUGGGGACAUUUCGCCCUACUCACCACGAUCGAGCGAUUGCGACGAGCAAAUGUUUGAACCACCGAACCCGGAACGGAACGGCGAAACGCAAACGAUUGCGCUGACGGUGGACAACGUGCGGAAGGUGUUCGGCAAUGAUCCGAAAACGUUGUAUGGUGAUCUCCGGAAAAGCUUCCAGCAUCGAUCGGUUAUAGCGGUGGAUGAAAUGUAUAAACCUCAUAAAAUGACACUUGAAAUGCUCGAUGAAAUACCGGACUCCGCGGUUGACCUGCAGGUUAAGGAGAAGCUGGUGCAAAAACUUCAACGACAAGAAAGGAUAGUUGAAGAGGUCAAGCAUUGCCUGAAACCACACUUUAACAAAAAACGUAUCGACAAGGAUGAGUACAAGGAAAUUAUGAGGAAAUCAAUUCCCAAGAUCUGUCACAGCCGUUCGGGUGAAAUAAAUCCGGUUAAAAUAGAGGCCCUCAUAACGGCGUACGUUAAGAAAGCCAUCGCAAAACGGAAACUGAUGGCCGGCGAGGGUUCCGCGUCAGGCACUCCGAUGGCGAACGCGCUGAUGGGCUACGGGCUGCCAUCAACGGCGGGUGUCGCGCCGGUAAUGCUAGCGAACCGUUGAUCGAGUGCGAAUCGUCGCGUGCGUUCGAUGGAAUCCGUGUGAAGGAGCAGGUACAAAGAAAACCUCUUACGCGCCGUUCCUCCAAACGCCAUGCUGGAAGGGCAUUUCAGUUCAGUCACUUCGCGGUGGCUUGGAAAAGGUACGGAUGGCGUGCAUUAUGUUUACGAGUCCCUAUCAAAUGAAUUGUGCUAUCCCACGAGAUCCCGCGACCGAUCCUCCUACUCCUAUCUCUUUAAUGCAGAAAGUGAACUUGCACGUGAAUAGGUAAACAACCGUAACACGAAACAAAAAUAUCUUCCGGAUGCCGGUUCUGUGUGUGAACGUGCAUAUGAUCCAGUGGAUCUUUUGGACCUCGCGCGCGUGUGUCUUUUCUUCGUAUUAAGGUGUUCGGCCAGAGGGAGAGAACGAAAAAGCAAACAGCAGUAUCAGUGCACGUUCGUUCCUACGCACUGCAAUCAAUAAUUACAUAUAUGAGCUGGUAUUUAAGCGGAAAGUUUUGAAACGAAAAGUUCGAAUCGAAUUAUCAGAGGCCAUCGUUCGUCAGAGUGUUUUCCAAAUGUGCAAAAGUGUACCGAUCGCACUGCAAAGGCUUCGGAAAAGGUUGAGUGAGUGUGUAAGUAAGGGGUGAAAGUGCCAGCAGAGGCCCACAAACGUAACCGAGUUAUGUGGGUUAUGUUGCAGAAGGAAACGAGUACGUGAAAUAAGGAUAUCUAAGAAGCAAAGUUUAAGGAGGGUAAAUGAGACUGGGAAGAUAUAAAAUGUAGUAUUUCCUCUUACUAUUAUCCCAUAUUAUCUCCAAGAAAUGUGAAUGGUUCGGUUGCUCUCAUUGUCGUCCAGUGGAAUUAUGUUGAAUUGAAAAAUCUCCUAGUGUGGUUCUUCAACAUGAUCCAUUCAUUUACAGUGCGUUGUGGUCGAAGUUGACCACACGGAAAAAUUUACAAGGAACGUGCAGGUUGGUAGCAGUACAUCUUAAAAAAAAGUUUCUGAACCAUCUGACAUCUUCUCAGCCAGUAAAUGUUUCUGGUGUAAAAAGUUUAUUUAGGAAUACGAUUUAUUUAGGACCCCAUGUACAAUUUUUCAUACACUGAAACCGCGUUCACUGAGAGCGGCCAACAAUCGUAAAUCGUUCGUUCGUCAUCCAUACAGAGAAUGGAGGCUACCAAUUUGAAGAAGAGAUGGAAAGCAAAUUUUCAUAAACAAAUAUGAGAUAGAACUCAAUGAACUUCUUCGUGGCAGGAUAAUCAUAAAACUGUGGGUAUGUAAAAAAGCUGGAUGACACAUACAUAUACACACCAUCUGAUAUCGGUUAUUGCGAACACGAGAAAAUAAAAUGUAAAUAGCUAUGAAUUGGUUAAAAAAAAAAGCUACUCUCUGUUCUCUUCCUUAUUCCGUAU